CACGGAUAGCACAGGUGCAGAUAAUCAGCUGUUGUGAUUGAUUUCCUCCAACUCACGCACCGUACCGGAUACCCAAAUCUUUCACUCUGUUCGGAUACAGUCAAGGCGACAGGAUCAGGACGGGAGCAGUUCCAGCUCCUCAGCUCUAAAACCAACCCAACAUGGAGGUCUCUAAAUUUGGACUAAUAUGGGCCAUUGUUCUUAUAUCCAUGAUUGUGGCAGUGCAGGGGCAGAGGAAGAAAGCAGGACCCCCUCUGAAUGUACAGACCACUGGCCACACCCAAACAUCGGUAUCGUUGGCAUGGACUGCACCUAAAAAGUUGCCCGUUGGUGGUCAUACCAUCAGUGGCUAUAAGAUUCUAUACAAACAGGAGGGUCAGUCAGAUGCGUCAGGAAAGAAAAUUGAUGUACCAACUGAUCCAUCAUAUACAGUUACAGAUCUUGCUCCUGGUACUACAUACAUGUUCAAAAUUGCCACCAUCACUAGUAAUGGAAAGGUUGGUGGAUUUUCAUCAUGGAAGCAAGACCGCACAGAGGAUGCACCAGCAACUCCUCCACCAGACCCACCUAGUAACGUGCAGGGCUCAGCAGAUGGGACAAACAUUAACAUGGAGUGGACCCCAUCCAGGUCUCAGGUCGAUGGCUACGUGGUCAGCUACGGAAAGAACUCUGUGGAUGAGAAUAGCAUGGAGGUCAGUCAAGAUCAAAGGGGUGCUACAAUCAGUGGACUAGAUGCUGGAGCUACCUAUCAAGUAGCUGUCCAGUCGGUCAGUGGCGGACAAAGAAGUUCAGCUGAAACAUUUAGCGCAACAACAGCUUCCCCCGUACCUUCAGCAGCUGGUAACCUUCGUCUGCGCUCCACGUCUGACAGCAUUGAUGCAGAGUGGGCUCAUAAUAGUGCAGAGCAGGAUGGUGUGACUGGGUUUGAGGUAUCUGUAGGCCCAGACUCUAACCCAACAGAACAGACCGUCAAUUUAGGCAGCUCUGAUCGAUUCACCACUGUAUCAGGUCUACAGCCUGAUCAAGUCUAUGUCGUGUCUGUCACAGCUCAGAAUGAGUUUGGAAGCAGUCAGCCUGUAUCGGACAAGAUCAGUACACAGGCUGCCAGUGGAGGAGGUGGAGGUGGAGGAGCUGCCAAUUCUCCUCCAAAUGGGAUGCAAAUCAGAGAAGGUUCUGAUAGAGCAACAGUCACCUGGGAACCUGCAACUAAUGAUGUAGAUGGCUACAAUGUCAACAUGGGCACUGAGGCCAACCCAAAUCAGUUUACACAACGUGUUCCUAGUGGGCAGAGGAGGAGGUUUAAACAAGAUGGGCUUGAACCUGAUACAGAUUAUCAAGUUUCAAUUAAGUCUUUUGAUGCAGAAGGGGAAAGUGACCCUAUUCAACAAGGCUUUAGGACAAAGCCUAGGGAAACCCGUACCCGCGGCCCCCGCCGUCCAAGUGGUACCAAAGUGAAGAGUCGUUACGACUCAUUAGGUGUUGAAUGGGAAGAACCUGAAGGAGAUGAUGUAACUGGAUACAGAUUAGAAGCUGGACCUCCUUCAAACCCUCGCCAGUUUACAAGGGACUUUGAACCGGGCACAACAAGUGCAGACAUCCCAGACUUAACACCAGAUACAGAUUAUCAGGUCAAUUUGUAUUCUACCUCCGCAUCUGGAGACAGUGAACCUGUAAGAAGGAAAGCAAGAACAAGGCAAGCCAGACGCCCACAGCGCCCCCAACGUACAAGAGCAACUUCAUCUAGUACUGAUUCUAUUGAUGUCAACUGGCAAGCACCAAGAGAUGAUAGUGUUACUGGAUACAGGGUGGAUGUUGGUAUUCCUUCUGAUCCACAAAGAAGCUUUUCUCAGCGAUACCCUGCUAGAACAAACAGGGCCUCCAUCCCAGGCCUGAAUGAAAACUCAGAAUACCAAGUCAGUGUAGUUUCUACCUCGGAAUCUGGAGAGAGUGAGCCUGUAAGAAAGUCUGUGAAAACACAGGUUGGGGAUACAAGUCGUCCCCAAAGUCCAAACGGCAUGCGAGUGAGGGAAGGCACUGAGACAGCAACAGUCAACUGGGAAGCUGCAUCCGGUGAUGUUGAUGGCUAUGUUGUCAACAUGGGCACUGAGGCCAACCCAAAUCAGUUUACACAACGUGUUCCAAGUAGCAACAGAAGGAGGUUUAGGCAAGCUGGACUCGAACCUGAUACAGAUUAUCAAGUUUCAGUCAAGUCAGUUAAAGAAGGCAGAGAGAGUGAACCUAUCAAUCAAGGCUUUAGGACCAGGCCUAGACGAGCCGAGCCCACUAGGCCCCCGACCGGUGUGAGAGUGAACACAAGAUACGAUUCCAUGGGAGUUCAGUGGGAAGAACCUGAAGAUGAGAAUGUUAAUGGAUACAGAUUGGAAGUUGGAACUCCUGAUGAUCCUCAGCAGUUUGUAGGGGAAUAUGCUCGUGGCACAGACUCAGCCGUUGUCCCAGACUUAGAUCCAGAUACAGCUUAUCAAGUCAAGCUUGUAUCUACCUCCGAGUCAGGAGAAAGUUCACCUGUAAGAAGGAGAGCUAGAACAAGGCGAAACCGACGUCCAAAGCGCCCCCAACGUACUAGAGCAACUUCAUCAAGUCCUGAUUCCAUUGAUGUCAACUGGCAAGAUCCAGAUGAUGAAAACGUUGAUGGAUACAGGGUGGAUGUUGGAUCACCAUCUAAUCCUCGGUCAAAGUUCUCUCAGCGAAUCCCUCGAGGAACCAAUUCAGUCAGUGUUCCAGGACUGGAUCCAGAUUCAGAUUACCAAGUCAGUGUAGUAUCCACCUCACCAUCUGGAGAGAGUGAGCCUGUAAGGAAGACUGCAAGCACACAGAGGCGUGGUUCUGGAGGUGUCUCCCCUCCAAAUGGCAUGAGGUUGAAUGAAGAACCUACUUCUGUGAGAGUGAACUGGGGUGCAUCAGGAAGUGACAACAUUGAUGGCUACACUGUCAACAUAGGGCCCCCAAGCAACCCAACUCAGUUCUCUCAAAAUGUUCCCAAGACCACCACAAGUUUAAGGCAAAAGGGCCUUCGUCCAAAUACAGAUUACCAAGCUUCUGUCAAGGCAUAUGGCUCAGAUGGGGAAAGUGAUCCCCUUCAACAAGGUUUUAGGACAAAGCCUAAGCAAACUCGAGGUCCCAAGGUCCCAGUCAACACCAGGGCAAACUCGCGCUACGAUGCAAUAGCACUCAGAUGGGAUGAACCCGAUGAUGACAGUGUUACUGGAUACAGAGUGGAAGUUGGGACUCCUAAUGAACCUAACCAGGCCUCUUGGAAUUUCCCUCGGGGCACAAGAGAUUUCACCAUUCCAGACCUAGACCCAGAUUCAGAUUAUGAUGUCAAAUUAUAUUCCACCUCACCAUCAGGGGAUAGUGAACCAAUCAGAAGGAAAGGAAGAACAAGACGCAACCGACGCCCAAGGCGUCCAGCCCGUGCUAAGGUGAACCCAAGCUCUAAUUCUAUAGAUGUCAGCUGGGAUGAUGCAAAAGGAGAUAAUGUUGAAGGAUACAGGUUGGAUGUUGGAACACCAUCUAAUCCACGGCAAUUCUCACAGCGAUUUCCUCGGGACACAACCAGGGCCACUGUCCCAGGUCUAGACCCAGAUACAGAUUAUCAAGUUCAAAUAGUAACCAAUGCAGCUGGCAGAGAGAGUGAACCAUUAACAAAGCCUGCAAGGACAAGGCCAGGUCCAUCAACAGGUGGAUCCCCAGGAAGAGCAGCAGACUCUCCUCCUAAUGGGAUGCAAAUCAGAGAAGGUCCUGAUAGAGCGACAGUCAACUGGGAACCUGCAACCAAUGACGUAGACGGUUAUGUUGUCAACAUGGGCACUGAGGCCAACCCAAACCAGUUUACACAACGUGUUCCAAGUAGUGACAGAAGGAGGUUUAAACAAGAUGGACUUGAACCUGAAACUGAUUAUCAAGUUUCUAUCAAAUCAUUUGACUCAGAAGGGGAAAGUGAGCCUAUUCAACAAGGCUUUAGGACAAGGCCUAGGCGAAGCCGCAGCCCCCAGGCCCCAACUGGUACCAAAGUAAACAGACGAGUAGACUCAUUGGGAGUUGAGUGGGAAGAGCCUGAAGGAGAUGAUGUAACUGGAUACAGAUUAGAAGCUGGACCUCCUUCGAACCCUCGCCAAUUUACAAGGGACUUUGAACCAGGCACAACUAGUGCAGAUAUUCCUGGCUUAACACCAGAUACAGAUUAUCAGGUCAAUUUGUAUUCUACCUCCAGAUCUGGAGACAGUGAACCUGUAAGAAGAAAAGCAAGAACAAGGCCAACACGACGUCCCCAGCGCCCACAACGCACUAGAGCGAGUUCAUCAAGUCCUGAUUCCAUUGAUGUCAACUGGGAAGCACCUACAGAUGACAGUGUUGAUGGAUUCAGAGUUGAUGUUGGAACUCCUGCUGAUCCACGUAGAGACUUCUCAAGGCGAUACCCUACUGGAACAACAAGGGCCUCUAUUCCAAACCUAAACCCAGACUCACAAUACCAAGUCAGUGUAGUAUCCACCUCACAAUCUGGAGAGAGUGAACCAGCAAGGAAGCCUGUUAGAACUCAAGGUGACGGUAACCGACGCCCCUCCCGUCCAAAUGGCAUGCAAGUAAGGGAAGGUAUCGAGUCAGCGACAGUGAAUUGGGAACCCGCAACCAAUGAUGUAGACGGUUACAUUGUCAACAUGGGCACUGAGGCCAACCCAAAUCAGUUUACACAACGUGUUCCUAGUGGGGAAAGAAGGCGGUUUAGGCAAAAUGGGCUUGAACCUGAUACAGAUUAUCAAGUUUCUGUCAAGUCAUUCGAUUCAAAUGGAGAAAGCGAACCUAUUCAAAGGGGCUUUAGGACAAGACCUAGACGACCCCAAACCACCAAGUCUCCAAAUAGUGUCAGAACAAAACCGAGAUACGAUUCUAUGGGAGUGCAGUGGGAAGAACCUGAAGAUGAGAAUGUUGAUGGAUACAGACUGGAAGUUGGAACACCCUCUGAUCCCCGCCAGUUUGUAAGGGAAUUUGAUCGUGGCACGACUGCUGCCAAUGUUCCAGGUUUAGACCCAGAAACAGAUUAUCAAGUCAAUCUAGUAUCUACAUCUCCAUCUGGAGAUAGUGAACCUGUAAGAAGGAGAGCUAGAACAAGGCGAACACGGCGUCCAAAACGCCCCCAACGCACUAGAGCAACUUCAUCAAGGCCUGAUUCCAUUGAUGUCAACUGGCAAGAUCCAGAUGAUGAAAGUGUUGAUGGAUACAGGGUGGAUGUUGGAACACCAUCCAAUCCUCGGUCAAAAUUCUCUCAGCGAAUCCCUCGAGGAACCAAUUCAGUCAGUGUUCCAGGCCUAGAUGAAGAUUCAGAUUACCAAGUCAGUGUAGUAUCCACCUCACCAACUGGAGAGAGUGAGCCUGUAAGAAAGUCUGUUAAAACACAGAGGUCUAGUCCGCAGAGCAUCUCCUCUCCAAAUAGUAUGCGGUUGGAUGAAGAACCUUCUUCUGUGACAGUUAAUUGGGAUCCCUCAGGAAGUGAUAACAUUGAUGGCUACACUGUCGACAUAGGGACCCCAAGCAACCCAACUCAGUUCUCUCAAAAUGUUCCCAAGACCACCAAAAGUUUAAGGCAAAAGGGCCUUCGUCCAAGUACAGAUUACCAAGUUUCUGUCAAGGCAUAUGGCUCAGAUGGGGAGAGUGAUCCUAUUCAACAAGGGUUUAGGACAAAGCCUAAGCGAAGUCGAGGCCCUGCACCCCCAGUUAACACCAAGGCAAAUACACGCUACGAUUCAAUAGCAGUCAAAUGGGAUGAACCUGAUGAUGAAAAUGUCAAUGGAUAUAGACUUGAAGUUGGGACUCCUGAUGAACCUAACCAGGCCUCUUGGAAUUUCCCUCGAGGCACAAGAGAUUUCACCAUUCCAGACCUAGACCCAGAUACAGAUUAUGACGUCAAGUUAUAUUCCACCUCACCAUCAGGGGAUAGUGAACCAAUCAGAAGGAAAGGAAGAACAAGACGCAACCGCCGUCCAAAACGCCCAGCCCGUUCUAAAGUGAACCCAAGCUCUGAUUCUCUGGACGUAAGUUGGGAUGAAGCAAAAGGAGACAAUAUUGACGGAUACAGGGUGGAUGUUGGAACUCCUUCUAACCCAAGACAGUUCACACAGCGAGUCCCUCGUGGAACAACAAGGGCAUCUUUCCCAGGUCUAGACCCAGACACAGAUUAUCAAGUUAACAUAGUAUCUACUGCAGGAGUUGAAGAAAGUGAACCAUUAACAAAGGCUGCUAGGACAAGAGCAUCUGAGUCCAGGCCAAGUCCAGGAGCAGAAAGGUCUCCUCCAAAUGGGAUGCAAAUCAGAGAAGGGCCUGAUAGAGCGACAGUGAACUGGGAACCUGCAACCAAUGAUGUAGAUGGUUAUGUUGUCAACAUGGGCACUGAGGCCAACCCAAAUCAGUUUACACAGCGUGUUCCAAGUAGUGACAGAAGGAGGUUUAAACAAGAUGGACUUGAACCUGAAACUGAUUAUCAAGUUUCUAUCAAAUCAUUUGAUUCAGAAGGGGAAAGUGAGCCUAUUCAACAAGGCUUCAGGACAAGGCCUAGGCGAACCGGCAGUCCCCAGCCCCCAACUGGUACAAAAGUGAACAGACGAGUAGACUCAUUGGGUGUUGAGUGGGAAGAACCUGAAGGAGAUGAUGUAACUGGAUACAGAUUGGAAGCUGGACCUCCUUCAAACCCCCGCCAGUUUACAAGGGACUUUGAACCGGGCACAACUAGUGCAGACAUCCCAGGCUUAACACCAGAUACAGAUUAUCAGGUCAAUUUGUAUUCUACCUCCAGAACAGGAGACAGUGAACCUAUAAGAAGGAAUGCUAGAACUAGGCCAACAAGACGUCCACAGCGCCCCCAACGCACUAGAGCAAGUUCAUCAAGUCCUGAUUCCAUUGAUGUCAACUGGGAAGCACCUACAGAUGACAGUGUUGAUGGAUUCAGAGUUGAUGUUGGAACUCCUGCUGAUCCACGUAGAGACUUCUCAAGGCGAUACCCUACUGGAACAACAAGGGCCUCUAUUCCAAACCUAAACCCAGACUCACAAUAUCAAGUCAGUGUAGUAUCCACCUCACCAUCUGGAGAGAGUGAACCUGCAAGGAAGCCUGUGAGAACUCAAGGUGACGGUAACCGACGCCCCUCCCGUCCAAAUGGCAUGCAAGUAAGGGAAGGUAUCGAGUCAGCGACAGUGAAUUGGGAACCCGCAACCAAUGAUGUAGACGGUUACAUUGUCAACAUGGGCACUGAAGCCAACCCGAAUCAAUUUACACAACGUGUUCCUAGUGGGGAAAGAAGGAGGUUUAGGCAAAAUGGGCUUGAGCCUGAUACAGAUUAUCAAGUUUCUGUCAAGUCAUUUGAUUCAAACGGAGAAAGCGAACCUAUUCAACGGGGCUUCAGGACAAGACCUAGACGACCCCAAACCACCAAGUCUCCAAAUAGUGUCAGAACAAAACCGAGAUACGAUUCUAUGGGAGUGCAAUGGGAAGAACCUGAAGAUGAGAAUGUCGAUGGAUACAGACUGGAAGUUGGAACACCCUCUGAUCCCCGCCAGUUUGUAAGGGAAUUUGAUCGUGGAACGACGGCUGCCAAUGUUCCAGGUUUAGACCCAGAAACGGAUUAUCAAGUCAAUCUAGUAUCUACAUCUCCAUCUGGAGACAGUGAACCUGUAAGAAGGAGAGCUAGAACAAGGCGAACACGACGUCCACAGCGCCCCCAACGUACGAGAGCAACUUCAUCUAGUCCUGAUUCCAUUGAUGUCAACUGGCAAGAUCCAGAUGAUGAAAGUGUUGAUGGAUACAGGGUAGAUGUUGGAACGCCAUCCAAUCCUAGGUCAAAGUUCUCACAGCGAAUCCCUCGAGGAACCAAUUCAGUCAGUGUUCCAGGCCUAGAUGAAGAUUCAGAAUACCAAGUCAGUGUAGUAUCCACCUCACCGACUGGAGAGAGUGAUCCUGUAAGAAAGUCUGUCAGAACACAGAGGCCUAGUCCGCAGAGCAUCUCUUCUCCCAAUGGUAUGCGGUUGGAUGAAGAAAGUUCUUCUGUGACAGUUAAUUGGGAUCCAUCCGGCAGUGAUAAUAUUGAUGGCUACACUGUCAACACAGGGACCCCAAGCAACCCAACUCAGUUCUCUGAAAAUGUCCCCAAGACAACCACAAGUUUAAGGCAAAAGGGCCUUCGUCCAAGUACAGAUUACCAAGUUUCUGUCAAGGCAUAUGGCUCAGAUGGGGAGAGUGAUCCUAUUCAACAAGGUUUUAGGACAAAGCCUAAGCGAAGACAAGGCCCUGCACCCCCAGUUAACACCAAAGCAAAUACACGCUACGAUUCAAUAGCAGUCAAGUGGGAUGAACCUGAAGAUGACAGUGUUACUGGAUACAGAGUGGAAGUUGGAACUCCUGAUGAACCUAACCAGGCCUCUUGGAAUUUCCCUCGGGGCACAAGAGAUUUCACCAUUCCUGACCUAGAUCCAGAUACAGAUUAUGACGUCAAAUUAUAUUCCACCUCACCAUCAGGGGAUAGUGAACCAAUCAGAAGGAAAGGAAGAACAAGACGCACCCGACGUCCAAAACGCCCAGCCCGUUCUAAAGUGGACCCAAGCUCUGAUUCUCUGGACGUAAGUUGGGAUGAAGCAAAAGGAGACAAUAUUGACGGAUACAGGGUGGAUGUUGGAACUCCUUCUAACCCAAGACAGUUCACACAGCGAGUCCCUCGUGGAACAACAAGGGCAUCUUUCCCAGGUCUAGACCCAGACACAGAUUAUCAAGUUAACAUAGUAUCUACUGCAGGAGUUGAAGAAAGUGAACCAUUAACAAAGGCUGCUAGGACAAGAGCAUCUGGGUCCAGGCCAAGGCCAGGAGGAGCUGCCAAUUCUCCUCCAAAUGGGAUGCAAAUCAGAGAAGGUCCUGAUAGAGCUACAGUGAACUGGGAACCUGCAACCAAUGAUGUAGACGGUUAUGUUGUCAACAUGGGCACUGAGGCCAACCCAAAUCAGUUUACACAACGUGUUCCAAGUAGUGACAGAAGGAGGUUUAGGCAAGAUGGACUUGAACCUGAAACAGAUUAUCAAGUUUCUAUCAAAUCAUUUGAUUCAGAAGGGGAAAGUGAGCCUAUUCAACAAGGCUUCAGGACAAGGCCUAGACGAACCGGCAGUCCUCAGCCCCCAACUGGUACCAAAGUGAACAGACGAUAUGAUUCAUUGGGUGUUGAAUGGGAAGAACCUGAAGGAGACGAUGUAACUGGAUACAGAUUAGAAGCUGGACCUCCUUCAAACCCUCGCCAAUUUACAAGGGACUUUGAACCGGGCACAACUAGUGCAGACAUCCCAGGCUUAACACCAGAUACAGAUUAUCAGGUCAAUUUGUAUUCUACCUCCAGAUCAGGAGACAGUGAACCUGUAAGAAGGACUGCUAGAACUAGGCCAACACGACGUCCAAAGCGUCCCCAACGCACUAGAGCGAGUUCAUCAAGUCCUGAUUCCAUUGAUGUCAACUGGGAAGCACCUACAGAUGACAGUGUUGAUGGAUUCAGAGUUGAUGUUGGAACUCCUGCUGAUCCACGUAGAGACUUCUCAAGGCGAUACCCUACUGGAACAACAAGGGCCUCUAUUCCAAACCUAAACCCAGACUCACAAUACCAAGUCAGUGUAGUAUCCACCUCACCAUCUGGAGAGAGUGAACCUGCAAGAAAGCCUGUCAGAACUCGAGGCGACGGUACUAGACGCCCCUCCCGUCCAAAUGGCAUGCAAGUAAGGGAAAGUAUCGAGUCAGCGACAGUGAAUUGGGAACCUGCAACCAAUGACGUAGAUGGUUACAUUGUCAACAUGGGCACUGAGGCCAACCCAAAUCAGUUUACACAGCGUGUUCCAAGUGGGGAAAGAAGGAGGUUUAGGCAAGAUGGGCUUGAACCUGAUACAGAUUAUCAAGUUUCUCUUAAGUCAUUUGAUUCAAACGGAGAAAGCGAACCUAUUCAAAGGGGCUUCAGGACAAGACCUAGACGACCCCAAACCACCAAGUCCCCGACUGGUGUCAGAACAAACCCACGAUACGAUUCUAUGGGAGUGCAAUGGGAAGAACCUGAAGAUGAGAAUGUUGAUGGAUACAGACUGGAAGUUGGAACACCCUCUAAUCCCCGCCAGUUUGUAAGGGAAUUUGAUCGUGGAACGACGGCUGCCAAUGUUCCUGGUUUAGACCCAGAAACAGAUUAUCAAGUCAAUCUAGUAUCUACAUCUCCAUCUGGAGACAGUGAACCUGUAAGAAGGAGAGCUAGAACAAGGCGAACACGACGUCCACAGCGCCCCCAACGUACGAGAGCAACUUCAUCAAGGCCUGAUUCCAUUGAUGUCAACUGGCAAGAUCCAGAUGAUGAAAGUGUUGAUGGAUACAGGGUAGAUGUUGGAACACCAUCCAAUCCUAGGUCAAAGUUCUCACAGCGAAUCCCUCGAGGAACCAAUUCAGUCAGUGUUCCAGGCCUAGAUGAAGAUUCAGAAUACCAAGUCAGUGUAGUAUCCACCUCACCGACUGGAGAGAGUGAUCCUGUAAGAAAGUCUGUCAGAACACAGAGGCCUAGCCCGCAGCGCAUCUCCCCUCCAAAUCGCAUGCGGUUGGAUGAAGAACCUUCUUCUGUGACAGUUAAUUGGGAUCCCUCAGGAAGUGAUAACAUUGAUGGCUACACUGUCGACAUAGGGACCCCAAGCAACCCAACUCAGUUCUCUCAAAAUGUUCCCAAGACCACCACAAGUUUAAGGCAAAAGGGCCUUCGUCCAAGUACAGAUUACCAAGUUUCUGUCAAGGCAUAUGGCUCAGAUGGGGAGAGUGAUCCUAUUCAACAAGGGUUUAGGACAAAGCCUAAGCGAAGUCGAGGCCCCAAAGCCCCAACCAACACCAAGGCAAAUACACGCUACGAUUCAAUAGCAGUCAAGUGGGAUGAACCUGAAGAUGACAGUGUUACUGGAUACAGAAUGGAAGUUGGGACUCCUGAUGAACCUAACCAGGCCUCUUGGAAUUUCCCUCGAGGCACAAGAGAUUUCACCAUUCCAGACCUAGAUCCAGAUACAGAUUAUCAAGUCAAAUUAUAUUCGACGUCACCAUCAGGAGAUAGUGAACCCAUCACAAGGAGAGGAAGAACAAGACGCAACCGACUUCCAAAACGCCCAGCCCGUUCUCGAGUGAACCCAAGCUCUGAUUCUCUGGAUGUAAGUUGGGAUGAAGCAAAAGGAGACAAUAUUGAUGGAUACAGGGUGGAUGUUGGAACUCCUUCUAACCCAAGACAGUUCACACAGCGAAUUCCUCGUGGAACAACAAGGGCAUCUUUCCCAGGUCUAGACCCAGACACAGAUUAUCAAGUUAACAUAGUAUCUACUGCAGGAGUUGAAGAAAGUGAACCAUUAACAAAGGCUGCUAGGACAAGAGCAGCUGGGUCCAGACCAAGUCCAGGAGGAGCAGCAAACUCUCCUCCAAAUGGGAUGCAAAUCAGAGAAGGUUCUGAUAGAGCUACAGUCAACUGGGAACCUGCAACAAAUGAUGUAGAUGGUUAUGUUGUCAACAUGGGCACUGAGGCCAACCCAAAUCAGUUUACACAGCGUGUUCCAAGUAGCGAGAGAAGGAGAUUUAGGCAAGAUGGACUUGAACCUGAAACAGAUUAUCAAGUUUCUAUCAAAUCAUUUGAUUCAGAAGGGGAAAGUGAGCCUAUUCAACAAGGCUUCAGGACAAGGCCUAGGCAAUCCACAAGCCCAAAGCCCCCAACUGGUACCAGAGUGAACAGACGAUACGAUUCAUUGGGUGUUGAAUGGGAAGAACCUGAAGGAGACGAUGUGGAAGGAUACAGAUUGGAAGUUGGAACUCCUUCUAAUCCUCGGCAGUUUACAAGAGACUAUGAACGUGGAACAACCAGUGCUGAUAUCCCAGGCUUAACACCAGAUACAGAUUAUCAAGUCAAUCUAGUAUCUACCUCCCCAUCUGGUGAAAGUGAACCUGUAAGAAGGAGUGCUAGAACAAGACCAACACGGCGUCCACAGCGCCCCCAACGUACGAGAGCAACUUCAUCAAGGCCUGAUUCCAUUGAUGUUAACUGGGAAGAUCCAGAUGAUGAAAAUGUUGAUGGAUACAGGGUGGAUGUUGGAACGCCAUCUGAUCCCCGGUCAAUGUUCUCUCAGCGAAUCCCUCGAGGAACCAAUUCAGUCAAUGUUCCAGGACUGGAUCCAGAUUCAGAUUACCAAGUCAGUGUAGUAUCCACCUCACCGACUGGAGAGAGUGAGCCUGUAAGAAAGUCUGCCAAAACACGGCGCAGUGGUUCUAGAGGAUCUUCCCCUCCGAAUGGCUUACGUUUGAACGAGGAUGCCGAUUCAGUGGAUAUCAACUGGGGACCUUCAGGCAGUGAUAACAUCGAGGGCUACAUCGUCAAUGUUGGGCCCCCUGACAACCCAACUCAGUUCUCUGAACGUGUUCCAAAAACAACCAGUUUCAGGCAAACUGGGCUGCGUCCUGAUAGGGAUUACCAGGUGUCUGUCCAAGCUUAUGGCCCAGACGGGGAAAGUGAGCCUGUUCGACAAGGUUUUAGGACACAGCCUAGUCGUAGCCGAAGCCCUAGGCGCCCAGUCAACACAAAGGCAAACCCACGCUAUGAUUCAAUAGCAGUCAGAUGGGAUGAACCUGAAGAUGACAGUGUUACUGGAUACAGAAUGGAAGUUGGAACUCCAUCUGAUCCCAACCAGUUCUCAAUGCCAUUUCCUCGGGGUACAAGAGAUUUCACUAUUCCAGACCUAGACCCAAGUACAGAUUAUCAAGUCAAAUUGUAUUCCACCUCACCAUCAGGAGAUAGUGACCCUGUCACAAGGAGAGCUAGAACAAGGAAAAAUCGACUGCCCAAAAAACCAUCUCCUACAAGAGUAACCCCUGGCGAUGAUUCUAUUGAUGUAACCUGGGGGCAACCAGAAGGAAGCAACAUCGCUGGAUACAGGUUGGAUGUUGGAACUCCCUCUAACCCACAACAAUUCUCAAGGAGACUCCCUGCUGAUGCAAGAAGUCUUUCUGUGGAUGGCCUAGACCCUGACACAGACUACCAAGUCAAUCUUGUAUCUACCUCACCAGAUGGAGAGAGUGAACCCGUAACAAGACAAACUCGAACAGGUUCCGCUGGUGAUGAAACUGCUCAGCCAGGUAUUCCAGAAACACCGUCUGGAGUAGAUGUCACAUCAGAAGGCAACAACCUGAGAGUAAGUUGGAACCCUCAAGAAGGCGCCACUGGCUAUAUUGUGCGAGCUGGAAGGGCAUCCAGGGGAUUUCCACCCAAUGAGGUUGAAGAGAGAGUGAAUAGCCGCAAAGACCAGAUUCUACUGAGAAAUCUGCAACCAGAUACAGACUUUGUGGUGACUGUCAGUUCUGUCAACCAAGCAGGAGAGAGCAGGCCUGCCAGGGCAACCGGCAGGACUGAACAAGCGCUUCCGGGUAGGCCAGAGGGUCUGGCUGCAGAGACCACUUCGACCAGUGCUACUCUGUCAUGGAGGGAACCAGGGACACUUAUUGAUGGAUAUCAACUUACACUAGGAACUGUUACAUUCCCAGACAUCUUUUCAAAAAAGCUGGGACCCAAUACAAAUGAAUACACAUUUGAAGACUUGGAUCCAGACACCAUAUAUACAGCUGAGUUGACAAGCCUUAAUUCUGCUGGGAGUUCAAUGCCUAUCUCUGCUAAACUCAGGACAGAACCAGGUCCAGCUCGUAGCCCUCCUGAAGCUCCAAGCAGGAUGGAGCUGACAGCCACUCCCAGCCGCAUCAACAUCCAAUGGGAGCCUUCCAGGGGAGAUACCACUGGCUACAGGAUUAGGCUGACUGACCCUGCUACAGGAGAAACUGAUACUGUGGAGGUGGACCAAUUUCAGCAGAGUUAUGCCUUCGUUGACCUUGAUCCAGAGAAACAGUAUGAGGUGUCCAUCGAGUCCUUUAAUGAUGAAGGUUACAGCCGGCCACAAGUGGAUCGUGUCACUACAGGAGCAUUGCCUGGUGGUAGUGAGCAACCCCAGAAUGUGGACAUUGUUGCCACGGGAACUCGUAUCGAUGCCCACUGGAACCCACCUGUGCUUCCAGGAAAUGCUCGCCCCCACAGUUACCUAGUGAUUGCUGAAGCUGUAGAUGGAGAAGGCAACGUCCUUGGCCCUAGGGAAAGCAUCACAUUGCACCAUUCACAAACUGAAUACACUUUCACAGAUCUGCUGCCAGCCACAAGAUAUGUGGUAUCUGUGCAUGCAAACAUUGGAGGAGAGGUGACUAAUCCAAUUUCCCAAGAAGUUAUCACUACCAUGGAUGGUCCCAUACCUCCAAUCAACAUCAUGGCUGAACCUAUAUCACCGGAGGCCAUCUCUGUAUCGUGGGAUUUCCCUGUGGAGACCGGACCUCCUCCUGAAAUUGGUGGACGUCGUCCAGACAUCUACUACACUGUCCGAGUCAGCAAUCCAGAUGUAGGGGAUGUAUAUGCCAAUUCAAGAGAAAUGACUGCUGAUGUGGAGGGACUAACACCAGAUACUCUAUAUGACGUUCAGGUUGCUAUGGUUUACAAUGGAUUCAUCAGUGAUUAUGGAGAUCGCUUUUCUGUCAGAACCUUUAGUGAUGUGGAUCCUCGUUCACCCCAGUUCCCCACUGUAACUCAGGUCUUACUGGAGUCUGCAGACAACGUUCAUGCUACCCUCAACUGGCUUCCACCAAGGGAGGAUGCAGAUAAUGUCAGGUCAUACAACACAGAGUACACCAUGGCUGAAGACCCAACUUUGGAGGAUGUUGAGUGGGAUUCUGUGAGCUCUGAUCCAAGUGAUCUAGGUGUGGUGGUAUCCGACCUGCCUACCAAUGGUGUCGUCCACCACAGAACUCAACCCGUCUAUCAGGGAGGUGAAAAGGGACCGUUCUCGGUCAUACAGUCAUUUAGUACUCCAGUUGCUGAGAGACCAACACCAGAAGACCAACCUUGCCAAUCACAUGAGGAUGUGACACAUCAGAGGAUCAACCAGAUAACAGAGAGAACAGUUCCACCUCUUGGUAUGCCUCUUCCCUACUGUGACCAGUUCUUCACAGACUUCCCAUGCGUCUGGUCUCCAGUAUGCAUUUGUAUUCCCCGAGGUACCAAAUCACUUGGAGCACUACCCACAUCGAUCAGACCAGCAAGUGGACCAGGAUGUUCAUCAGCCCAGCAACAACGAGAUGACCCCAGUGCCAUGUACCGUGAUGAGCCUAGGAGAAUCUCAGAGAUACCUAGUCCCUGCCAAGCUGUCUUUGAUGUGACCUUAGAGGCUAUCAAGGAGAGUCAUAAGAAUGCUAUACCUCUUAUGGCCUCCUCUCUACCUAGCUGCAGCGUGGAUGGCUAUUAUAACAGCAUCCAGUGUAUGGGAACAAUGUGUUUGUGUGUAGAUAGGAUGGGCGAACCAACUGGUGAGAUGACUGAAGUAUGGAAUGUCAAGAAGCUCAGAUGUACAUAAUGAGGAUCAUGGUAAAAUGGAGAGAGCUGCCUUUUCUUGCCUACUGGAACCAGCUACCUUCAUCCACCCCUCUACCAUGUUGUAGAUUUGUAUUUUUCUAUUGAACCAGAUGUAUUUUAUAUCCUCUGCUUUAAUAUAUCAUGGACAUCCUAAACAAAAGAAAGGGAUAAUUGUAUAUUACAAUUAUUGAAUCAUGCCUUUUUAUAAUCCAACUUAUGUAAAUUGUAAUUAUGCAAAAGCUUAAAGUUUGUACUUUAAAGCAUCUUAAGACAGUGUCUUCCAUCAUGAUGAUGGCGUUUGGAAUUGAAGUGAGCAGUAAGUAUUGUCUAUGACUUAAUUCCAGGUUAGUGUGAGAUUCGCUAUUUGCUGCUUUCAUUCAAGACUGUACUGUUGAGAAUUUUUAAAUAAAUGUUCAAUGUUGUAAUGUGCCGAUAGUGUUGCCAAAUACAUGGCGUGUGAUCAUUUUCAUCAACUCAAUAAAAUAUUCUUUCAAAAUUAGAGUGAAACCAAGCCAAGGUGGUUUAUGAGCAAAGGAUUAGGUUUAUAUGUGAGGGCAAGGAGAUUAUUUUGCUUUGUAUCCAUAUUUGUCAUUUGUGUGUUGAAAUACAUGUAUGAGUAAUCAGCUUACAGUAUGUUUGCUACUGUGGAAGCAUGUAUAUAUGAUUAGAAAACACCUUAAGGUAUUCCAAACAGCCACUAUGUAUGAACCAUAAAUUUGUUUCAUUUUACUUCGUUAACCUUUGAUUGAAUAAGACAGUUAUUAGCUGUUGCAAAUAUAAUUUUCGUUUUUUAUAUAGCUUAAGCCCAAUUAUGUACACAUUUUAUACAUGUUUAAAUUAGCCAAAGGGUGAACAUUUAGUGUAGGAUGUAUGUAUUCUUCACAUCAAUGAAAAAACAGGAUUGUAUGAGAAAGGAUGAAGUGUAAGUUUGUAUCACUAGGUGCCACUUUGUAGUUCAGUUUUAGAACUUUAAGUUGAAAGGAUAAAACAUUUUGUUCCUUUGAUAGAAAAGGAAAUUUUAGAAAAUUAUUUUAAAGUAAGUUUUGUAGUAGUUGCAACAAUAAUUUUCUAAAAAUGUGCAAGUAACUCCUGUAUGCGAAUAAAGCCAACCCUCUUCAAAGAAUACAAUGAAAUAAAAAAACGUCUUCUGAUUAAUAAAAAA